CCAAGGGCAUCUGGACACAGCGAUUCCUGCUGGGUUGGUUGCUUCCUGAACACCCAGACCUUCUCCAGGGAGCCCUGUGAAGACCCAGGAGAGGAAGCAGCCAUGAAGAUCCUGUUCCUGCUCUUCCCCCUGCUCCUCCUGUUGGUCCAGGGUGCUGCAGGGGGAAAUCGAGCUGAAUGCAGGCGCAGAGGGGGAUACUGCACCUUUGGGCGCUGCCGCCACCCCACAACACCUGUUGGAAAAUGUUCAAGAUUCCAUGUGUGCUGCAAAAGCAUCUGGGGUUGAGACCCUGAAAUUGCCAAGCAGGACAUGGCCCUCUCUUCUGGCUCCUGCACCCAUGUCCUGCUGUCCCCUCGCCUCCUUGCCUGUGCCCUGCCCAGCUUGGUGACAGCAGCAGUGGCAGCUGCUCCUGCUGGGUGCUGCUUGGCUGGAGCCCUGUGGUGCCAGCCCCGCUGUCUUUGGGCCAGGGGCUGCUUUUGCCAGCCUGAAUAAAGAGCAC